AUGAUCCAAGUUCCAAGUUUCAUGAUUCAUGUUGCAAGUUCCAUGAUCGAUGUUGCAAGUUCCAUCAUCGAUGUUGCAUGUUACAUGAUCCAUUUUUAUUCAAGUUCUAAGUUUCAUAAUUCAUGUUCCAAAUUACAUGAUCCAAGUUCUAAAUUACAUGAUUCAAGUUCUAAAUUACAUGAUCCAAGUUCUAAAUUACAUGAUCCAAGCUCUAAAUUACAUGAUCCAAGCUCUAAAUUACAUGAUCCAAGCUCUAAAUUACAUGAUUCAAGUUGCAAAUUUCAUGAUCCAAGUUGCAAAUUUCAUGAUCCAAGUUGCAAAUUUCAUGAUCCAAGUUGCAAAUUUUAUGAUCCAUUUUGGCAUAGGUACAAGGCCAGAAUAGGUCGCAUAUCUUACGAUUCCAAGUGGUUCUCGAAGUGGUACCAGAACCAUCUCAUUAUCCAAGAGAUCCCAAUGGUUUGGCACCCACAUUUUAGUGUGGACAGACUUGCCCUGGUAGGUUGCUAUGAGGAUGGUGCCUGGUCAUCAGCCUGCACGGCGAAUGCAACCAGAUGUACAGUUCAGGGGAAAUCCAUAUGCAUCAGUGUUUCCAGAAUUUGUGACAUCACUAUUGAUUGUGAUAAUGGAGAGGAUGAACUACAAGAUUGCGACAAAAUUCCUUUCGGCGGCCGUUGCGACUUCGAGUCAGGCUGGUGCGGUUGGCGCAAUGCCGAACCUGGAAGGGCCGUACUCAGGUGGUCCAGGCACAAGGGCCGAACUCCCACAGAUGGAACGGGGCCUGAUGAAGAUCAUACUCAUCAAUUCUCAAACGUCUCUGGACAAUAUCUGUAUGUCAACAUGAACCAGACUGGUGGAAAAUUCGCGAGUAACGCGGUUUUGAACAGCGUCGUCUUUAACGCUCCUCCUAGGGUUCAUGGUGAUCCUAGUUCUAAAUAUUACAAUUCUUGUAUGAUUCGUUUCUUCCAUCACCAAUAUUGGAUAAGUUCGAGUAGCAACGUAGUUGGCAGCAUCCAGUUAUUUUUAGUAGAACUAAAACAGAAGGAAAACGUGACUACUUCUCUUUGGUGGAAUUCCAAAAAUAAAGGCAAGGAAUGGAGCAGAGCUGACAUCACUUUGCCGAAUGUCACCACGAGGUAUUUUCUACAAUUUGAAGGACGUAUGGGUCUACGAAUUUUCACAGACGUUGCCAUAGAUGAUUUUUCAAUGUCUCCAGAAUGUUUUGGUCUAAACAUUCCUGCAUCAGAAUUAGAUGGAUACAACUACUAUGAUCCAAGAAUCACUUCUCCUACUGUACAUCCAGAUUUUGUUGACAAAUCAUAUUAUGCUCUAACAACUUGUAACAGUGAAGGUCCAUUUGGCCCUACGCCUCUGGAUUGUGAAAAUGCUUACAAGAACAAAACAAAAAGUUCUGUUUCUGUAAUGGUCGGAGCACCUUAUGAAGGGAUGCAAGUUUGGACAGUGCCGAAUCAGGGAAUUUACACAAUAAUUGCGAAAGGUGCAGGAGGUGGUCGUGGUUCUGAUGGUUUUGGAUCGUCCAGAGGUGCAUCAGCUCGAAUUGUUUUGGAACUUUUCAAAGGCGAAAAAAUAUACGUUCUGGUGGGCCAGGAAGGUGCCAGCGCCUGCUAUAAGUCUGUUAGUGGUAGAGGCAAUUCAUCCUGUCCAGCAGAUAAACCAGCAAAUGCCAGUACACAAUACAGGAGCAAAACCCAUGAAAUCAGGAAUACAAUUAUCCAGGACGGAGGUGGAGGUGGCGGUGGUGCAUCCUAUGUUUUUCUGUUGAAUGCUGAAAACCAGGCGAUUCCUCUAGUAAUCGGUGCAGGUGGUGGCGGUUUAGGUUUUGGUAGAUUCGAAAAUGAUGAAACUCAACAUGGACAUGGACCUGAUUCUGCAAGAGCUCCAACUGAUGGAGAAUACUAUGAUUUGCCUACCAUCAGCGCCGGUAAGAAAAAAAUGGCCAGGUGGAGGUUGGGCGCCUCGGGGUACCGCCAUUUCUGGAGGUCUGGCGGACCAUGGUUUUCGGCGGUAUCAGGCCGAUCUCUGACUGGUGGUGGAGGAGUUGGCGGCAGACCUUGUGGUGGUGCCGAAAAAGGCGGUCGAUUUGGCGAAGGUGGUUUUGGAGGCGGCGGAGGUGGCUGCACUAAGGGCGGCGGUGGCGGCGGCUACAGUGGGGGUAAUACGUCCUCUGAUUCCAAAAAUGGUGAAGGCGGUUAUUCCUAUGUAACCUCAGAAAGAGGUUUACCAGAAUUGGCUAUGACAUCAGCAGCUAAUAGUGGUCCUGGUGAAGUCAUAAUCAUACCAGCAAUUCAGGGUUGUGGUUGCGACUACCGAUGCGUUUCCUUAGACGAAUUUACCGAUGUCAGGUGCAUUUGUCCUCAAGGAUGGGCUGUUAAAACUGAAGAUGGAGCUUGUGAAGUGUAUUCUGAGAUAGAUGGAGUCUCAAUUUACACUUUGAUAGUUUUUGCUGUUGUGGUCGUAAUGCUUGUGAUUGCCCUGACACUUCUUUUCCUGAUGUUAUAUAAUCGUUACCAGCACCAGAAGCAAGUGGCACUUCGUCACAAGGCAAUUUUGGAGAACGACAUGUCCCUAAAUCGUCUUCAGGCCACCACUGAUGAAUCAGCUUUGACUAAUUUUAACCCAAACUACGGUUGUGAUGGACUUCUGAAUGGAACCGUAGACGUUAAAAGUUUGCCCCAAGUCCAGAGGGAAAGUUUGAGACUGGUCAAGGCUUUGGGUCAAGGUGCCUUCGGUGAGGUCUACCAGGGACUCUACAGGCAUAGAGACCAGGAUGCAGUCGAGAUGCCAGUGGCAGUCAAAACCCUGCCUGAUAUGUCUACUGGACAGGCCGAAAGCGAUUUCUUGAUGGAAGCUGCCAUCAUGGCCAAAUUUAAUCAUCCCAAUAUUGUGCAUCUGAUAGGAGUUUGUUUUGAUAAACAUCCCAGAUUUAUCGUCUUGGAAUUACUUGCUGGCGGAGAUUUGAAGAAUUUUCUAAGGGAAAGUAGACCAAAACCAGAUAAACCCUCAACUUUAACCACCAAAGAUUUAAUGUUUUGCGUCCUGGACAUAGCAAAAGGUUGCAGAUUUCUAGAGAGCAGAAGAUUUAUUCAUCGUGAUAUCGCAGCCAGAAAUUGCUUGUUGACUGCCAAAGGACCAGGACGAGUUGUCAAAAUUGCUGAUUUUGGCAUGGCCAGAGAUAUCUACAGGUCGGACUAUUACAGGAAAGGAGGCAAAGCCUUGCUUCCUAUAAAAUGGAUGCCUCCUGAAGCUUUUAUAGAUGCCUUGUUUACAACAAAAUCUGAUGUUUGGUCUUUUGGAGUCGUUCUGUGGGAGAUUUUUAGUCUAGGCAUAAUGCCUUAUACAGGAUGCACGAAUACUGAUGUCAUGCAAUUAGUUGCAAAUGGUGGUCGUCUGGAUACACCACCAGGAUGCCCACCAGCCAUUUACAGUAUUAUGUGCGAUUGCUGGGAUCCAACUCCUGAAAACAGGCCAACAUUUGGUCAACUAUUUGAAAGACUGACAAUAUGCACUCAAGAUCCCGAAAUCAUGAAUGCGCCCCUGCCGAGUUUCAUGCGACUGCCAUCGAAUAGUGAACGGGAUUCUUCUAAUUCAAAUCAACGAAUCCAAAACAGUGAUGAUUCGAAUUUGGCACAAUCAGGAGUCCAGCAAAAUACUACAAGUGCAUCAGACUAUCUAAUUCCUUUACCAGGACCCCAUGGCAACAUGGGCAAUCAAAUUUCUGAUAGCCAUAAAAAUCCUGGUGAUGCUACAACACCUGUUGGUUAUAUACCACAGUCUAAUUCUAUCCAACCGCUGCUGCAAGAUGAGAAUCAAGAUUACUCUAAAAUAACACCACUUGCUGAGAAUCUGAUGAGCAUGGACACGCCGCGCGCAACAAACCCCGACUUCAACGCAGCCUCCAGUCAGCAUCAGCUGCAACAACGCCAACAGCGGCAGUCGUUCCUACUACUGUCGAGACAGCAUAGACGACAACCAGGUCCUGAACAGGCCCGACAAUCUGCUAAGAUAUCCUCAACACUACACUCCCAACAACCGAACCAUCAUUCCAACCAUCAGACAGAUGGCGAACCAGGCCGUCCCCUUGAAGUCGCCGUCGUCGACGGCCGACAUCACAGGAGUAACGCUGAAUCCGAGCGAUCUGGAGUCGGUAAGACGGAUCAGGCUAACCAUAAGCCGCAGGUUACCAUAAGUGGAUCUGGUGCAGGAGGUGGAUAUUUGAAUAACGAUUCGGAGAUUAGCUGUUGA